CCAGUGAGGCCUGGUGUUCUCAGAGAGGUAGGCUAGGUAGAUGUGAAUGGGGUCCCAACCAGCCGCGCUCACUCCGCCUCACAUGUCCCACUACCUCCAGGUCUCAGCAUCUGUGGCACCUCUUUCCCAAGCCGUCAGCUUCUCUGCCACCGCCAAGGGUCUGACUCCCAAGCCUUCCACCUACGUCAGUUGGGAUACUCCUCACAGGAGUUUCUACUCUUCUCGUCUUCCUGCACCUCCUUCUAAGAGGACCCCAACUUCCUCCCAACUCUCACCUGAACCCACAGCGGCCCAGUUUCAGCUCUCCAGACUAUAGCCAGACCUGAAGCCGCUGGGGGAAGCUCCCGGCCUCCAGUCCUAGGCUGCAGGUUUCCCAAGUCCAAAGGUCAACCAAAGUUUGGCUAAUAAACAGAACUGGUCAAAGAAGGUCUCCAGACCCCUCGAGUGAGUACAAUGGACCAGGCAGCCCCCACCUGGGUGUCAGGGUCUCUGGUCUGCCCCUCCAGCGCUCUCUCUCUCUCUCUCUCAGUUUCUCCCCCUCCCCACAGUCAUUUGCAUCUUGCCGAAAGCUGGCCCUCCCCGCUAAUUUGCAUGUCUUAUAUGGCCUAAUGGUGGUGAUCAUGGCAAGUUAGAAGUUUUCUGACUCCUCUCCGAGGAGACUCUGGGACCCCAAGGAGUAACAGGUGUCUGGAGGCUGAAAGGUGGAGGGUUUCUGGAUUUGGGGUCCGCCAGUCAAACUCCCCUCCGCCCCUUUCUCUUGCACCCACCCACCCACCCCCUUUUUCUGUACUUGGAAAAUGGUGUCCAAGCUCACGUCGCUCCAGCAAGAACUCCUGAGCGCCCUGCUGAGCUCCGGGGUCACCAAGGAAGUACUGAUCCAGGCCCUGGAGGAGUUAUUGCCAUCCCCGAAUUUCGGGGUGAAGCUGGAGACGCUGCCCUUGUCCCCCGGGAGCGGGGCCGACCCAGACACCAAACCCGUCUUCCAUACUCUCACGAAUGGCCACGCCAAGGGCCGCCUGUCCGGGGACGAGGGCUCUGAGGACGGGGACGACUAUGACACCCCUCCUAUCCUUAAGGAGCUACAGGCCCUCAACACCGAGGAGGCAGCGGAGCAGCGGGCAGAGGUGGACCGGAUGCUCAGUGAGGACCCCUGGAGGGCUGCCAAAAUGAUCAAGGGCUACAUGCAGCAGCACAAUAUCCCUCAGAGGGAGGUGGUCGAUGUCACAGGUCUGAACCAGUCACACCUCUCCCAGCACCUCAACAAGGGCACGCCAAUGAAGACCCAGAAGCGUGCUGCUCUGUACACCUGGUACGUCCGCAAGCAACGAGAGAUCCUCCGACAAUUCAACCAGACAGUCCAGAGUUCUGGAAAUAUGACAGACAAAAGCAGUCAGGAUCAGCUGCUGUUUCUCUUUCCAGAGUUCAGUCAACAGAGCCAGGGGCCUGGGCAGUCCGAUGAUGCCUGCUCUGAGCCCACCAACAAGAAGAUGCGUCGCAACCGGUUCAAAUGGGGGCCUGCAUCUCAGCAAAUCUUGUACCAGGCCUACGAACGGCAAAAGAACCCCAGCAAGGAAGAGAGGGAGGCCUUAGUGGAGGAAUGCAACAGGGCAGAAUGUCUCCAGCGAGGCGUCUCCCCAUCCAAAGCCCAUGGUCUGGGCUCCAACCUGGUCACUGAGGUUCGUGUCUACAACUGGUUUGCAAACCGUAGGAAAGAGGAGGCAUUCCGGCAGAAGCUGGCCAUGGACGCUUAUACCUCCAACCAGACACACAGCCUGAACCCCUUGCUCUCCCAUGGCUCCCCACACCACCAGCCUAGCACCUCGCCUCCAAACAAGCUGUCAGGUGUGCGCUACAGCCAGCAGGGAAACAAUGAAGUCACUUCCUCCUCAACAAUCAGUCACCAUGGCAACAGCGCCAUGGUAACCAGCCAGUCAGUUUUACAGCAAGUCUCUCCAGCCAGUCUGGACCCUGGCCACAAUCUUCUCUCACCUGAUGGUAAAAUGAUCUCAGUCUCGGGAGGAGGUCUGCCCCCUGUCAGCACCUUGACGAAUAUCCACAGCCUGUCGCACCAUAACCCCCAGCAGUCUCAAAACCUCAUCAUGACACCCCUCUCUGGAGUCAUGGCCAUUGCACAAAGCCUCAACACCUCCCAAGCACAGAGUGUCCCUGUCAUCAACAGCGUGGCAGGAAGCCUGGCAGCCCUUCAGCCCGUCCAGUUCUCCCAGCAGCUGCACAGCCCUCACCAGCAGCCCCUCAUGCAGCAGAGCCCGGGAAGCCACAUGGCCCAACCGCCCUUCAUGGCUGCUGUGACGCAGCUGCAGAAUUCCCACAUGUACACACACAAACAGGAACCCCCCCAGUAUUCCCACACAUCCCGGUUUCCAUCUGCAAUGGUGGUCACAGAUACCAGCAGCAUCAGUACACUCACCAAUAUGUCUUCCAGUAAACAGUGUCCUCUCCAGGCCUGGUGAUGCCCACACAUCAUUGCUCUGUGCAUGACAACAAGGACCCUGUUUUCCAUGCCGCAACCAUCUGGGCAGUUGUCACAGGAAAGCCUGGUGACCUGACAAGCACCUGCGAGAGGUCCCUGCUUACCCAGCACACUGCGGGCGCCUCAGACAAUCCGCUCUGCUUUCCAGAGGUGCAGCCGGAAGCCCAGCUUCCCUUCUAUGCAGUAUUGUCACGAUGCCUCUCCCAGAGUGACCAGUUCUCCCCUCUGUCCUAAGAUGGGAGCCGAGGAACCACGGAAGAGGAAGAAAGAAAGCUGUAGUGUCUACACGCUGUUCCUUCAUCGAACAAACUGAUGUGAAAACUUGAAUCUGUUACUGAAAUGUUGAGGACACAUGCAUUGAACUGAGCCAAACACUCUGUAAAUAUCAACAAACCCCCUCCUCCUACCCCCACCCCAACUAAUCCUGAGAGUUCUUUUAAAGAAGUAAAUUUGUCUAAUGGGUGUAAACUAUAAACUAUUGUAAUUAAGUGCAAUGUUCCUCCCACUUCCUCUCCCCCUCUGCCUUGUAUAUAAUACUAAAGUGCCUAAUUGUUUUCUUUGUAAAGGUCAGAACUGAAUUUUCAAAGUGAUUCACCCUCUUUAACUUCGCCCCACAGAAAUGUCUGAAGUCAGAAGCAAAGCCCCCACCCCCUACCCCUGGCCAGGACAUACCCAGGGACUGUAUAUUUUGGACUGACUGCCAGCUAGCCCCAGUCUUCUAAUGUUAAGGCGCACCUCUGGUGCCCUGAAAAGGGUUGAACAUGGUGCCAGAGUAAUGUUCUAGCUUCUAGUGGAGUUUGGGGUUCAGUGCAUUUCCCCAAGGCAGAGAAAUGGACUUUUUGGUAGCACAAGAAACAAGUUGCCCUUUGAGCAGGCCUCUCAUUAAAACAAUUUAUUUUA